AUAUAUAUAAUAUAUAUAAAAUCUUGUAAAUUUUCACUGAGGUUACAUAUAAUUUACAUAACCUUGUUUUCGCUUUUUACAGUGGAUAUAUUUCGAGAAAUCGUACGAUUUUCACAAUGGUAUAUCAUUGGGGCUUUGAGUAUUUGAUUUAAAUUUUGAUCUAAUCUUUUUAUUCAAAUAUCAUUAUUUUUACCAGGGCUAUUUUAAAACUAGGAAAUAUUGUUCUCAUCGAUGAAGAUUUCAAAGUGAACUAUAAUAUCAUACAAAUAUACAAAUAUUAUUCUUAAAUAAAAAUUCGAUGAAAAUCGUAUCAUAUGUUUUACGUACUUUUCGAAAAUAUUACAACGAGCGUAAUUAGAAUAAUAAUAUUAUUAUUGGUUAUGCUUCUAUACGUAGUGUUUAUUUUGUUUAUCUUGAUAAAUCAAUGACGUGUAUUCCGUUUUUUUGCAAAAUUUGUUACGUUGCGAUAAUACGUAAUCCAAUAACGACGAUAUCUCAGGGUCGUUGACAGUUCGCAGAUCAAGAGAUGACCCUAUCCUGUAGAGGACGGUACUACUGCUGUCAUCAAGGCCAUCGCUGCAAGCCACUUGGAGUAUUUCCACCCACACAAAUCGAGUUCCUUAUAUUAUCGAACAGCCAUGUUAAAAAAAUAUUCGUUGUCGAACUCGAUUCAUUUUUGUAUCGAUCAUCGUUAAUAUCGGACUUUUUGCAAAAAAACAAAUCGAUGAAAAUCGAAAUAUAAAUGGCGGACAAGACAACCCAAACGUAUUUCUUAAUAUUCUUUUAACGGAUAAAAAUUCAUCGAAAACAAAGAACUCUUCUCAAGCUGCAACGCAUGAAGACAAAGAGAAAGGAAACGUUGAUUAUUAAAUGAAGAAUCGAAACGACUUGAAGAAACGUAUCAUUUCCGAUGACAUCGAUGGUAUAUCAAUACCGACGCUUUUAUUCAAUUACGAUCUGAAUAAUUUCGGCGUAAUUAUAAUUAUUCUUCCAUAAGAGAAAUUGACCCAUUGAGAAUAACACGAAAUUUAUAAAUUAUGUAGUAAAAUAUAACAAAAAAAAAAAAAGUAAUUAGAUUCUGGAUAAUGUUUGGCAAUGCGUUAAAAGGACCAGUUAAAAAUUGGAAACAUUGAUGUCGUUAUAUUUAUUUUUGUUUUCAUUUUAACCUAUUUGACAAAUCCUUUGUCUUUUCUUUCGACGAGUUGCGUUUUCAAGCAAAAAGUUUACUCGACGAUGCAUUGAGAGAAAGGACGUGAUCGCUUAUGAAGGGGAGAGAGAGAGAGAGAGAGAGAGAGAGAGAGAGAGAGAGGAAGAUACGCAUGCGCGAAAGAAGAUGCGCGUAGGAUUGCGCGCGCGAUGCGCCCAAGUAAAAAGGAAACAAGUGAAGGACCGGUGAGUAGAGCUCCCGCCCUCUAGUUCAGUAUAAUAAUCAGCAAACACAAUGAAUCGGGUUCGCGCAGACUCGGUUGUUUUCGUCGUGUCGAUGCGUUCGCGCGUCGAGACGAUGCUUUCGAUGUAAAAGGAAAGAAUGAAAGAAGGAUAGAAAAUUGAGUUGAGGUGAGCAAGCGCGCCUCUGUCUGUCUCUCUUUCAUUCUCUUUUUCUUUCUCUCUUUUUCAUUCUCUUUUUCUCUCUGUCUUUCAAGAGCUUAACGCAAAAAUCAUUAAACGCGUGCCCAAUUCACGGUAGCGACACCGGCACGCAUAUACGUACUUAUAUAUAUAUACAGUGUCUAGAGUGAGAAAGAAAGUGGAGAACGAUCCGAUACGACGAGAGAGUAAGAGUAGGAGAAUAAAUAGAUGAGGGUGGGGGGGGAUAGAUUCUCGGAGUUCAGAGCCGCGCGUUUGAUCAGUUUCGAAAUAAUAUAAACCUUCGUACCGGCGAGAUUUAUCAUCAACGAUUUAUUUCGACGGAGCAUGCACGAACACGAGAUUUACGAGAAUAACAACGAGGAUAAUAUCGAGGACGAGAUAGAAUACGAUAUAAACGUAAAAAAAGGAAGCAAUCAAGGUAAUACGCGUCUCGUUGGCAUGGAAUGGACCCGUGAUAAAACCUUGGAACUUCUUCGAGAAUAUCAACAUAGACGCGUACUAUGGGAUUGGAAUGCUCGUGGAUAUAGAGAUAGGGCUAAACGUAAACGUGCAAUCCAAGAGCUCGCACAAAUUUUAUCUUGUAAUACGUUAGAGAUAGAGAAGAAAAUAACUAACUUGAAGUGUCAAUACUCGAGGGAAGUGCAUAAAAUUCAGAAUAGCCGGGAAGUUGCAACCAGGCCGGACGAUGUUUACGUCUCUAAGUGGUUUGGUUUUAAGGCAAUGCAAUUCCUUCAAUUUGGUACUCGCCGGUAUAGUAAGAGAAAGAAGAAAGUCGAAGAAGAAUCGAAGCUGCAGGAGGAAUAUCUCGUGAGCGACAUUGAUCCAGAAUGUAUAACAUUUAUCAACUGUAAUGACGAGACGAAUACUUCGUUUAAUCCUUCCUUGAGCGAAGACGCUGAAGAAUCAUCCUCGUCGAGUUUGAAAAUGAUGGAACUUUAUAACGAUUCGUUACCGGAACUCAAUAGUCCACUUAAUGAUCUCGAAGUAAAUGAAGGAACGUUGAAUCAUGAAAGGGCGUCGUCUAACGAAAUAAAAAAAACAAAAGAAGAAUUCGUAAAAUUUGCCGAAAGUAUAGCCGUUCAACUCGCUGAAAUACCGGACUCUUAUUCGAGAUCGGUCGCUAAGUUGAGGAUCAAUCAAAUCUUAUUCGAAGCUGAAAUCGGUGUUUAUGCACAAACACAACGCUAAUUGCUUUGCUUUAUAUUUUAUGUUUUAUGUUUAUAAUCGUCGUCAUUGUCGAUUAACGAUUAUAAUAAUAUCGACGAUUAUAAUAAAUUGAUUUGCCCAAAUUCUAUGCUUUUCUGUUAGUCGACGAAUCAGUGAAUCAGGAUCAACGAACUCCCGAGAUCAGAGCAACGAAAGAUUCACGAAUCUAUAAUUGCGCUUGUCGUCGAUUAUAUUAUAUUUCAUUGUUCGACGAAGUUCUUGUUAUGAAGAUAAUGAAAAUUUAUUAAUUCAAGCCUCACAUAAUGUUAUGCAAUUUAACUCUUUGUGAUCUUUAAGUGUUUUUUAAGAAAUAAUUUUGUUGUUUUUAAUUUUACGUGCAAACAACUUCGUUUAUUCUAAUCUAUUAAAUUGUAUUAUUUUAUUUUUUGUAAAUUAUUAUAAAUCCUCUCGGAGAUCAUAUAUUGGAGACCUUGAGGAUAAUUUGUUAUUAUAUUUUUUUGAAUGAACUUUUUUUUAUCCAUUCUAAUGUCUUUCUUUGACUAACGUUGAAUUAUGAAAGAGAGAUAAUAACGACUUGUAAUUAAGAAAAUAAUUUAUUAUAGAAGAGAAUGAAAAAAAAAAGAACAAAAAAAGAAAAUAAAAAAGGAAAAUAUUGUCAUUAAUUUGAUGUAGUUAUUGAAAUAAACAAAAGUACGUAAGUAAAGAAAUAAAAAUAUAAAUCAAAAUAAACGGACAAGGAAGUACGAGGAGGAUUUUCUCUCUAUACGUUUUUCUGUUCGGUUUGAUAUCGAAAAAAUGAAAAACGUGCCUUAUGUAUUUUCAUCUAAUUUUUUUAUAUGUACAUACAAAGAAAAUUUGAACAUUAAAAUUGAAGACAAUUGUAUGUAUAGUGGAGAUAAUUUGAAUUAUUUCCUUCUUAAAUAUGUACUUUUGUGCAACAAUAAUCGUGUAAUUUUAAAUAAUCGAUAAAUAGAAUUCAAAUAAUGUUUCAUUGAAAAGGCUCUAAAAUUAAACUAAAAACAGAAGACUGUAUAAAAAAAAAAAGAAAAAAAAAAGAAAAUUAUUUAUUAAUAUUGCAAUGUAUUAUCUCUGCGUACGGGCGAUCGUAAUCAGAUAUUUUUUAAAAGAUUUAUACAGAGAUACGUGUGAAAAUCAAAUAUAUUUUAUUCAUAUUUCACAAGUGAGAUAGAGAGAAUUAAUGAAUGAGUGAUUUAAAAUGCUACGAUUAAAUCGGGCAUGCGUUAAUAUUUCUUAUUGUUUUGAAAUACGUUAUGAUGAAUUAUUGUUGUUUAGAUGAGAAAAGAAAUCUCUCAUUUGGUGAUCGUUAAAACCACCAUAUGAUAUUUUUUUGUAUAUGCAUGAUCUCUCUCUACACAUACACACUCACACCAUAUAUAUAUUAGGUCAUGGCGAUUAUAUUAUAUUUUUUCAGGUAUUUAGAUAUGCGUAUAUA